AUGAGGCAGGCCAAUUACGGCGCGCUGGCUACUCAAAUGACACUCGACAUGAUCAACAACAACAUGAACAACAACAAUCCAACCCUGCAUCCUCAGCAAAGACGGAUGAUAGAUCUCUUCAUGGUUCUUUAUGGGACCUUCAAGUGGAAUGAUGUCGCUGCAAAGACAAGAGUCAGAGACCGCGCUAUACGAGUGAAUCAAAUGGCUGCUAUUUUUGCGAGUGGUCUGAUCCAAAACACGACCAUCUGGAAUUUCAUUUGCGACGAGAGCGAAUGGGUCCUCGACCCUAACGUCCCUUCUCAUAUCAAAAAAGAAUAUUGGAUGACCAAUGCCCUACCAGCUGGUCCUCGCAGUCAGAAAAACAGCACGUCUCUUUGUACGAUUCCAAACGGUUUUGCGGCUGGAUACGGCGGUGGACAAGCGGAAGCAGUGACGUUAACAGCCGCUCACACUCCGGGUCAACCUAGUUGGAUGGCAUUUUGUGCUGGGGUGUGGUCUGUGUUGCAAUUUCAGACGAAAGUCUGGUUUCAACCUGCAAAGAAAGCAGCAGUUGUGCAAAACGGUGAUUUUCUUUAUCACAUGAUACACAACACACCGGAGCGACUCCUCGCGCAUGAAUUCACCCACGGGCAUACCCAAUUUGGUGCUUAUCGUGCAAGUACUCCACGAUACGACUUCCAACAUAUCGCGUAUGGCUGGGGAGAGAUCGUUGCACUUGCUAUAAAAGACAACGCUCAAACUGAUGCUACCCAGUCACUGGCUGUCAUAAAUGCUGAUACUUUCACAUAUUGGAUCAAUGGUGUAUAUUUGGAGAUGUGCAACUUCCGUAGCGGGAGGUGUGAAGACCCUGAUCAGGCAGCAAAAACGCCCUAA